GGGAUUUACAAGAACAGCGUACAGAACAGAGCUGUUUGGAAUUGUUCAGCUCAGUCUUGCUACCUGUAGCUCAUUUACAUUCUGAUCUGACCAAAGAAAUGGAAAGUGAUCCUCCAUAUGUAUACAGUGACGAUUAUGAUGAAAUAUGUCACAAAGAAACUGUGGCCAAAGUUGGAUCCAUUGCAGUUCCUUUAUUCUUUUCCAUUGUGGUCCUUUUCAGUCUUGUUGGUAACAUACUGGUUCUUGUCAUUCUUGGCCUCUACGAGACCCUCAGAUCACUGACCAACAUCUUCAUCCUCAACUUGGCUCUCUCUGACCUGAUGUUCACUCUGGGACUUCCAUUUUGGUCCUCUUACUACAUCUGGGGCUGGACCUUUGGUGAUGCAGUGUGCAAAGGGGUCAAUUUUGUCUUCUCAGCUGGAUAUUACAGUAGCAUUGUGUUCCUGAUGCUGAUGACCAUUCAGCGCUAUGCAGCAGUGGUCUAUCCUUUGUCUAAAUGGGAGGGAGGACAGAGGUUUGCAGUUGUUUCCAUCGUUGCCUGGAUGGUGAGCUUUUUAGCAGCAAUACCAGCCGUACUGUACAGUGAAGUCAUGUCUGACCCAGAAGACCCUAACAAACUUUACUGUGAGUAUAACAGCAUUAAAACCACUGUUGCCGUUACAUAUGAACAGAACGUCAUUUUUGUAAGUGCUUUUCUAGUAAUGGGUUUUUGCUACUUAAGAAUUCUUCAGACUGUCCUUAAAUCCCAAACAAGGAAAAGACACAGGACUAUAAGACUCAUCUUCUGCAUUGUGGUGGUCUUCUUUAUCGGCUGGGCUCCUUAUAACAUUGUGAUAUUUCUGCAGACCUUCACUUACCAUCAGAUUGACCCUUUUAUGGAAUGGUAUGUCACCGAUAAUUUAGAAUAUGCAGAUUAUGCCUGCAGACUGCUCGCUUUUUCCCACUGCUGUCUCAACCCAGUGUUUUAUGUUUUUGUUGGUGUAAAAUUCCAAAAUCAUUUGAAGAUGAUUGUACAAAAACUUUUCCAUGGGCAAAGCAACAUGGACCUCCAACGGCCGCGAAAAGCAGCUCAGAGUUCACAGGGCUCCAUGUAUGGAUACGGAGACAACCACUGUCAGACUCUUUGUACAAAUAUAAGUGUCUAA